UGCUGAGGAGGCACACACAAACCUGUGGAGUAGAGCCCUGUCCACAGAAGGAAAGGAGGAAGACCAGUUUGGUGAGGAUCUGUAAAAGGGGGGCAGUGUUGUGUAAAGAAGACAACGAGGCAGGCAGCAUUUCCGAAAGCUUUAUGACAAAGUGUUUAUCAGUCAGUCAAAGAAAGCGCUGGGAGGAACAUUAUCAUAGCAGCCAGCACAUCUGUAUCCUCCGAGCAUGGAUCGAGACAGUCACAGUGAGGACACUUUGUCAACUAUGGUUCUGGAGAACAUAAAGAACAAAUUAAUUGAUGCCUUCAGAGUGACAGGAGAGUCCCGAGCAGAUCUCCAGGACUCUGGUUCCACAGUCAGACCGGUCAGCGUGGGCAGGAGUUAUCAAGCAAACGAAGAGCUGCGGCGGGCACAGAUAGAUGGAGCGAUAACCUGGCUGAGGUCUGAACUGUUGGAAAUGCGCUCCCAGGACCUCCAGCUGGCUCAGACACUGCUGGGGCUCAACACAGAGAUCCAGAGACUAAGGAGGGAGAGUUUUGGAUGUGUGGAGGUAGAAGGGGGUAACCACCAGUAACUGGCUCCAGCAAAAGUCUUUUUUUUUUUACUGGAAUGAAUAGUGGAGAAAGUAAGGACUGUGAUGCAAAGAUUCAAAUGCACUUGCUUAUGAUAAUAAGUUGUAUCACUGUAAAGGAAGUUAGUUAGCAGUUGCAUGUAAAAUACCUUUAGUGAAAAAAAAGAAGGUUGCAAUAUGUUGAAUUGUCUUUGAUCCUGCUCUUUUCUUUUUUUGAAGAAAAUUUGCACUUACACAAAGUUGUGAUAAACAAAGUGGAAAGAAAAAAAAGACAUAAAUGUGUGAAUGUAAGAGAAGUAAAAUGUACA